CGCAUGCGCGUGGACUUUUCACAGAGUCAGCGAUUUUCGUUACACCGGUAACUCUUCUGUGUGCUGCUGGGAGGAAUGGCCGUGUGAAUGUUUUGAGCUUUAGCUAAAAACAGCAAACUCGACCCGAGGAUAACAGCAGUUAACACUAGCGCCCUAUAUACACAGCAAGAUGGUGCUGGAACGCCAAAACCCUGCCUCGGGCAAACUUAAACCUCGAAUGUCAAAUAAGGAGCGUUUUCACUGCGUCAGUCCAGAGAUUAACCUCUCAUUGUACGCGGCAUUAAAAGACUGGCUUCCAUGUAAUCAUGAAUAUCACAUCUGUGACUACAAGACCAUAAGGCAGACUCAGGACCAUAUAGAUUUUUCUGCCACUCUAAGAAUGACUAUCUCUACCGUUGAAGAAGUACAACAGUGGGUGAAAGACUCGACCAUCACCUGGAGGAUUGAUCGAACCAGACCACCUAAGGGACAAAGAGUUAUUUUUAAGGUGGACUAUAGAUGCCACCACAACACAAAACCAAGGAACACCAUGGAACCAUCUGGGAGAAGGACCAAAAACACAAACUGCCCUGCAAAGAUGAGCAUAACUCUCCAUCGCCCACAGGGCAGCAAUGGAAGGCAGUGUCGGAGCACAGAUCCUCACAUGCCAGCUUUCCCGACACUCGUACACAUCACCAAUGAGCACAAUCAUAACUUGCACGUACCGGAUGCAUUGAGGUACAAAGACGUUGGACCAGAAGCCAUACAAAAGUUAAAGAAGCUGUUUGAAGCAGGUCAUUCGCCAUCCACAGCUCUGGACGUUUUAAAAUACGACCUCCAGCUCGAGCUUGGAGAGGAUUAUGCGUAUGCAUCAGCAGACCGAUCCAUCUGCCCUGACAUUCAGUUUUGCUACAGGCUGUACCACCAAGUUUCUAAGUCUCUCAGAGAAGCCAGUCCAUCCUCUUCCAUUCUCCCCACCCAAGAUACAACCACAACCUGGGUAGCAGCUGAUCCGACUGGACAGACAUGCAUCAUGGAGCACGAGAUUGUCACCACAGAAGUUUCAGAGGAGGACAAUCCCACAGACAAGCUGAAGUCGUGCUUAUCUGAUCUGUGUGACAUUAUUGAGAAACAGCCGAGUGUGUGGUCUGCAACACAGGACUUUAUCAAGGGAAUUGAACGGGUCCAGCACAACCCUGUCAAGCUAGCGUCAGCCAUGCACGCCUUUGGUCGCUACAGCUGUCUCCUAAUGAAGAAAAGGGCUAAAACUAUGCGAAGGGGUUCUCAGUGUGCUGGACUUGCCAUUACUGCCCAGCCUACAGCAGUGACCAGGAGGAAGCCCAAGCUUGGUGGAAGGCGACGGCUGACGGUGGGCAGACAGAGCAAGACUACUUCAGGGCCGGACCAUGAGUACAGUCAGCCAGAAAAAAGACAGAGAUGCUCAGGGCCUCAUGGUUUUUCACACGGCAUGGCAAAAACCAAAUAACAAAAUAGCUUUAAUAAAUUAGUUUUAGUAUAGCAGUUGUGGCCCAUCACCCCUUUGCCUGAGAGGAGAUAGACAUGAGCUUGAGUGCUAUUUCAUAUGGGUGUAUUUUGUUCAAUGUAUAUAAUUUUUUACAGACAUAUAAAAUGGGCUUGCUGUCUGAUUCAUUUUACAAACCUCACCUAUCACCACGCCUCCAGUUAUGCCCACAAUUCCUAAAAUCUGCACUUAUAUUUUUGUAUAUCAUGAUUCUUUGAGAUGUAACAGAAUGGCACAACUCUCACUGUCUACUCUAACAGCUAACUUCACAUUUAUGUUACACUAUAGAUUGCUUGAUAACUCCUGCAUAUAUAAAGAUAGAAAUUUGACUUUGCUCUGUAAAAGAAAUUUUCAUUCCAACAUACAGGCUACUGCUGUUUCAAUGAAAUUAGCUUCAGUACAAGCUUUCUUCUUGCAUUCUACAACAAGAUUCCACAAGCUUCACCUUUUCUCAGAGUGUGACAGAGUGACACUUGCACUGAAGUUGACUUUGUAGAGAAACUAAUUAAAUGUGGCCCGAAUUGAUGCUAACAGCUUUGGAUAAUGAUGCAAGCGUGUGCACAUUCGGUGAAUGUAAUGUAUGCUGUAAAUGAAUUCUAUAAGAUGAUAAAGUUUAAGAGGAAUGAAUCUUUGUUAAAUACAUCAGUGCUCUUCAAACUGAGUUAGUAUCUCUGUUUGGAAGUGUGUAUCCUUCAGUGCCCUUAAAUAAGUGCAUUAUGAAAAUGCUGUUGUGAAAAAGAGCCAACAGGUUUUGUUAAAUGAGGAGUUAAAAAAGUCUCUUUUUUGUUUGUGGCUCAUUUUUUUAAAACAAUUAAUUAUUGUACUUUUUGAAAAAGCUUGAAUUGAAUUCUCCAUUUCUAGGCUGAUGCGUAGUGAUGUUCUGUUGCUGCAAAACAUGUUUGAUAUCUUCAAAAGUUUACUCUUGCUUGGACCCAUGGUUAUCUAUGCUAAAUUAUACAAGCUUGUGUAUAAUGAAUUUUGUUUGUUUACAUGAGUGGAUAAUAGUGAGUUAUCAAAAUUUUAAUUUGUGUAAACACGUUAAUAUAUGAUUGCCCGCUCAUGAUAGAUAUCAAGUUUAACUAAGCAUGAUCUGUUUGGUAGAUUCAGAUUCUGUAACAAGUGCCUAAAGACAUUGUGCUUACAUUGUGGUUUACUUGGUAACCCCAGUAAACACUAGAAUAUAAGCUUCCAAUAUAGUGGAAACUUUUUGCUUGCAGAGUUUAAACACACACAUUCCCACCCACCACAUAUCCUACUGGCUAGCUGCAAUUACAGCUCAUUUUGAAUUCUUGACCUGCUUUUAAAUGAGUCACAUUACAGUGCAGGAUUAACUGAAAGGUUACUGUAGAAGUCAUAUUCAGUCAUUCAUAAAAUAACGGAAAUUUUGUUCCCACAUUAGUUUCCUCUGACAAAGUUUUCAUACCCACCCCAAAUUUUCAACUCCAACACCUGUGUCUGUUUAGGAGGUGUUGUACAGUAUAACACAAACUGUGCACAACUCUACAGUCACUCCCCAUACCCAAACUGUAUUCAAAAUAAUCACAAUUCAGAAUAAAUACUGAUUGGUGGGUAAGGAAUAAAACACAACUGGGCAUGCUAUUAUAGAAAAAUACACAACGACGAGGUAGUGUGAUUUUUCAAGAAAAAUUCUGAAGUGUCUAAUUCCUGUAUAGUAGCCACUGCAAUGGCCCAAACAUUAAAACUGCUUGCUUUUUUUCCCAUA